GAGGAAAGUUCUGCAUUGAUGCUCCUGCCGUCCUCCGUGCAUUUAGGGUGCAGAAAAACAGCAGAGAUAGACACAUUUAUGCAUCGCAUAAAAAGAAAGCAAUUAUAAAAUUGAAAAUUUUAAGCCAAAAGCAACUAAUAAAAUAGUAAAGAAUGACUUGAUAAUGUAAUCUUGACCCUAAUGGGAAAGCUGUAGUAAACAGUGGUCCUGAUUAACAAGGAGCCACUAGCCUCUGCACAUCUCAGGUUUUCAAGGAGUAACUGGUCGGGUUAAUGCAAGGACUAAAUACAGGGCAAACCUGGUAGAUAACUUAUUAGAUGCUGCUAAAGGCUUUUGACCGGGGUGGAGGGUCACCUUCCAGCAGGCCAAUGACCCUCAACAUUCAGCUGGAGCUACAUGUUGUUUAGAUGGAAGCUUAUCCAUAUGUCAGAAUGGCCCAGUCAAAGAGCAGACCUUAAUCACAUAGAGUAUCUCUGGCACAGCCCACAAAAUGAUAUUCACGAAUGCUCUCCGUGCAAUUUGACUGAGCUUGAGUUAUUUUCCUAACAAGAAUGGGUGAAGGACAGAUAUGCAAAGCUGGUAGACACAUACUCUAUAUACCGAGCAAAUUUAGUGGCCGCAAGAGGUAGUUCUACGCAGUAUUGUCUCAGAGAGGCUAAGUGCACCAAUAUCUUUUGGAUAUUCUUUUGAAAAUACGAAAAAAUCAAACUCUUUCAGUGCUGAGGUACUUUUUUAACACGACAAAAUGCCAUGUCAAUGAAUCAUUGAGUCCUCUAGAAAGGCACCGCACUGGAGAAUAACAGAAUUCUGUUUGAGUUUUUUUGUUGAUGAUAUAAAAUUAGUCAACAAUUUUAUAUCAUUUUCUUUGACGUUUGUUAAAAGUUUCAAAGAAAACGAACGUUUCUCACACUCCUGUGGUCUGUGCGUCUGUUGUAACAAACAGCUUCUACUUUAGUCGUAUUCAGUCCUCGGUGACACAAGGUUUUCAUUUUGUGGUCAGGAUGUAACAGCUGAACACCCAACUACUACCAGCAGGUCAGUGCCCUUAACAAAAACAAAACAAAAUAUUAGCUGGGAAUCCUUUUUUGCCUGAAAGGAGGGGAUUUCUGCGUGGAAACGUACGUUGGAGCGCGAGCCCUGCGGGUUUUGUAUUCAGAGAUAAUCGAAGAAAAACUCCUAAGUCACAGUCACUGACGUUACCAGCCUCAACAGGAAGUGAUGACUUCCGGCUGCUGUGUGACAUCGAAAUGCACACACACACACACAAACACACGCUGCUUCCCCAUACCUCACACACAGAGCACACCAGCUCACCAGGAAGGAGCCUGGGGAUAAGAUAGAAGCAUCACCAUGGCAGGUCAAAGUGAGCACACGAGAAAAGGAGAGGGUUUGCUGCAAACACCUGAACAGGAACAAGGCGCACACAGGCAGUUUUCCCCCAUCCAUUCACGUAAGCUCGGAGUGACGAGGCGACAGAGAGACAGGAGGGAUUUGAAAGAAGAUGAAAAUCCAGAGGCCAAAGCAAGACGACACAAGGAGAUGGAGCUGAACCCUCUUUAUAAGGAGCUUCUGUACACCAUCGUCCAUAAGAUGGGUAAACCAGCGUCAGCUGAGGUCUUCACAGAUAGCCAGCUUCACCAGUACAUCCGGGAGGCUUUCACUAUGACAGAAGCAGAGCACGACAGUCUGAUGGAGAAAGUACAGAACACGGAGCCGCCGGUAUAUUGCCUGAUGGUCACCGUCAAAGAAGCUAAGGAAAUCCUAGGAAAAGACGUCAGUGGUUUUAGUGACCCUUACUGCCUCCUGAUGGUACUGGAAGAUGAGGAGGAGAAAAAGAGCAAAGUGAAAACCAAACCCAGCAAAUAUGUUGUGAAGGGCACAGUAUCCCAUGAGAGAAUCUACCAAACCGAUAUCAAAAAGCAGACCUUGAACCCUAUUUGGAACCAAACCUUUGUGCUAGACUUUGAAGAUAUGACGAGGGCUAGUUUCCAUCUUGAGAUGUGGGACAAAGAUGAAGAGGUGUCUCUCACUCAGAAACUGGAAGACAUCAAAACCAACUUUAAUAGUUUAAGAAGGAUGAUCAAGGAGGCCAAAAAGGAGAAAGGCACAGAUGACUUUUUAGGAAAUAUUGUCUUAAAACUACAGGAUCUCCACUGCACUGAGGACAACUGGUACAAUCUGGAGCCAAGAACGGAGACGUAUCCUAAUCGCGGCCAGUGUCACCUCUUCCUCAAGUUCAUUCACAAAGCUAGAGACGGGACUCUGAGCGCCGGUCGCAGCGCCUACACAAACUACUGUGGGAUCCUGCAGCAGUUUGUUGAAGCUUACAUCUCCAAGCAACAGAGCUCUGCACCGUGGAAAGGGGCGUUGUGCGGCGAGGCUCAGACUCUGCUUGAACUCUACGCCACGCAGAACGACCUCUCUCCUUUUCUGCAAGACCUGGCGAAGUGGGUGGCUUACAGUAAACUGUACCAGACUUUGGAGGUGGACUCGUCUGUGCUGCUCCAGCAGCUCACCAGCAUAGAGUACCACUGGCAUCAGCAGGAGCUGCCCUACCAGCAGAAACAGGAACUUGGAGACUCUCUUCACGGUUUCCUGCAGUACGGACUCUGUUUGGUUUCCAAAUACAGAGACAUCUUCCCCCCAACUCCCAGCGCAACUCCAAAAUUGCACACACUGCUCAGGAUAUUGGUCCAGAUUUGUAAGACUCAGGCUUUUCAGAAACAGAACCCAGCCCACUUUGAGCUUCACGAGGAAGUCCACGAUGCCAUACAGAAAGGUACGGAGGUCUGGUUUGACAUGAAAAGGGGUUUGCAUCAGCCAAUGACCAAGGAACUGACAGAGAUUGGGAGCGCCCUCUCGAGGCUGAUAGCAGAAGUACUGGAAGACAUAAAACACAACAAGGAUAUUUGGAACAGAGUUUUUGUCAGCGCUGUGCAAGUUGACGUUUUUACUGUUGUCUAUCAGAAGUUUGACUCCCUGAUUGCAGAGGAAGUGAAAGAAACGUUAUCCAAAAUGGAAGGCCAAAUGGAGCUGAACCUGGCCAAAAGCCUGUUUCCUGUUUACCUGAGCUUGCAGGCCAUCCACAAAGAAAAGGCUUUCCUGCAGAAAAGGGGAUUACUUGAGCUGACAAACUUUCACGAAGGUUUCCGGGACGCUCUGCCGUACUGGCUCAACCAGGCGUUCAGCACCACUCAGGACCGGGUGGUCAGGGCCGUGCAGGUUGACCAGCUCCAGCCACUGCAAACCGGCGCGGUCCCCAUAAAGCACAGCUCCUCGGCAGUAGACCUGGUCGCGUGCAUCCAGCCGAUCUGCCAGCUGUGGGAGCAGCUGUCUUGGCCCGACCCCGAAGAGGCCUUCAUGCUCAUGGUCAAACUCACCGAGGACGUUUGUAAGAUCGUGGUGAACUACUGUCACCUCCUAAAGGAGAGGGUCCGGGUGCUGUCAGAGAACUCGGACCACAGCAGCGCCAUCAACAUGCUGUGUGUUGUUGUCAACGACCUGGAGCACCUGCGCUCGGUGCUGACCCGGCUUCCCACUCAGCUCAACUGGGAGGGGCUUCGCGUUCGCACUCAGAGCGUCAUAGGGCAAAGCCAGUUUGAAAACACGCUGCACUCCCAGCUUCAGCAAGCCAAGAGCAUCCUCUGCAAGGAGAUCCGAUCGGCAUUGGACACGCUUGGGAAACAGUUAAACACAGACAUUGAGACUCUGGUCCGGAGCAUGUCGACCAGGCGGAGGAUUCCCUCCAAGUCCACAGAGGAUGCUGUAGCCCCUCUAAUGCUCUACCUGGAACAGGAGCUCCAUUACAUGAACGAAAACCUGGUUCAAGAGAACUUCAACAGCCUCCUGACUCCGUUGUGGCAAAACUCUGUGAAAAUUCUCUAUCAAGUUGGUAACCAGCAUUCACAGCAAGAAGGGUUCAUGGUGUUCUGCCAGAGGCUGCUGUACACGCUGCAGUGCCUUGAGCAGUGCUUCCAUGCUGAGGGGAACGGACUUCCCGAGAAGACGCUGCACUCCGAUGAAUACAAGACUCUGAAGGCUCACCUCACUCACCACUCGCUGACCAGCCACCAGCUUAUAGAGAAGUUCUUUAAAAGAAAAAUAGCCGAGCAGAGGGAGUUCCAUGGGGAGAAAUAUGGGGCGGUGACCCUCAUCACAUCCUACAGAAGGUCUGACCAAAGGUUGCACAUUGAGGUGCUCAACGCGGUCAGCCUCCUGCCAAUGGACUCUAAUGGCCUCAGUGACCCCUUCGUGCGCCUGUGCCUGGAGCCGUACCACAUCUUUCCUGAGACCGAGCCCCGCUGCACCCAGUACAAAAGCUGCGACCUCAAUCCCCUUUUCGACGAGUCCUUUGAUUUCCUUGUUUCACUGGAACAGUGCCAGACUCCAGGAGCUUGCUUGCUCAUCACGGUCCUGGACCACGACACCUUGAGGCCGGACGACUUUGAGGGCGAAGCCUUCCUGGCCCUGGAGGACGUACCAGGAGUUUCUGGACAAACGGAAGAGGAACUCUGCUCCCAGGUGGACGCUGCAUCCAAACAAAUCCGCCUGCCUCUGAUGCAUCCUAAACCUAAUGAGGACGGCAUCCUGAAGCUGCUGGAGUCGAGGAAAGGAGACCGCGAGGCCCAGGCCUUCGUGAAGAAGCGACGCCAACGGGAGAAGCAGUCCCAGGAGCCCGCCCAGCAAUGACAAACGCACGGGGACACGUGUUCUUCCUCCAAAAAUAUACAAUUUGUUUUAAUGAUCAGUACCAAAAAACAAAAAAAGAGAGAGAGAGAGAUAGAGAGAGAAUGCACUCAGAGAGAAACGCUGGGGUUGCAUGAGUCGUGUGUGAGGACAACAUACUGAACAAGACCAUCACAGUGAUCCAAAACACUUUCACACCUGCAUUUAAAACAUCGAUGCUUCCCGGUGGUUCGUCAAAUCAGUGCGAGAGAAAGACAGAACAUCACUUUUCUAUGUGUAUACAUUUAGAUAUAAUAUAUAUAUGUGAAAUAUAUAUUAUACACCAUUGAGACUGAAAUGUCAAAGAUUACUACAAAUGUAGAAAUUUGGCAGAGAAAGCUGUCACGUAUUGAUUUAAAAUGAGCUAAAAGCCUUUUUUUUUUGUGCUCUGAGCUUGAUUGGUUGCUAAUAUAAAGGGGGGUGUACAAA